CGUUUACGAAUCAACAAGGAAGUAUUUGCAAGGCGCCAAUUUUGUUUUUGUGAAAAUCGCCGACGUUUUUCUGUGUUUCUCAUUAUUUGAGUGUCACCAACAACAUCGCGACAAUGACUGAAAACACGUUCCCCGUGUACAGUGCGGAUGCUAUAGUGAACUUUUACCGAACAGAAGUUCUCACUGGUCAAGAAGCCAAACACUUAACGAAGGGCGACCUAACUCCUACCCCGAAGCCAGGGACAGUUCAAACACUGUACAUGAGAGUCCUGCAUCUUCUGUAUCGUUUCAGACCUGAGUGUCACUCCAUGGUUCCACUUCUGGAGAACAUUCAGUAUCCAGCGUAUCAGGAGGGUGCGACGUCUAUCAUGAGUGUCUACAUACGAAUGCAGCAGUUUCUGCCUAUGUGCUUGGUGUUUGAUUUCUCCCUCAAUGACCUUCUAGCCCCACAGAAACAGAAGACUAUCACUGUUCUCAGUGCAAUCUUGAACUUUCUUCACUUCAGGAAGCAGAGAAUGGAAAUGGUCUUGGAGAAGCAGGCCAAAUAUAGGGCAGACAUGGACAGGCUGCAGGCCUACACCAGAGGCAACAAAGAAGCUGAGAAAAAGAUCAAGGCGCUGACUACCAUCCCACCGGAGCAGCAGGCUGAGGCAGAGGAGCUGGCGGCCGCGCUGUCUGAGCUGCAGGCCACCACCAUGCAUGAGUACCAGGAAGUGAAUGUGAAGAAUGACUGCAUCGCUGAGUGGAAAACCAAAAUUGCAGAGAAGUCUCAGAAGCUGGCCCAGGUGAAAGUGGACGUGAGCAACAUGAAGGAGGACAUCGGCAGACUCAAGUCUCAGAUCGUGGAGUCUCCAGAGGAACUGAAGAGUCAGAUGGAGAAGAUGAGGGAGAACGUCAAGAAUGUCAAGAACUCCAUCAAAGAAACAGACGAGCGUGUGGUGGAGCUGCAGAACAUGGUGCAGGGUGUGACUCACACUGAGGCUGAGAUCCAGCAGAUGUACAACCUGCUGCAGGACCUGGAGAGCAGCAUGAGCAACACCAAGCAGAGACACGAGAUGCAACAAGACUUGACUGCCCAGUAUGAGAAGAAGCAGAAGGAGCUGAAAAACCUGUGUGUGGAGGAAGCUCAGAUGAAGCGCGCUCAGGGAAUGAAGCUGGACAAAGAGUCCAAACAAAACAUCCGGAGACAGAUGAAGAAAGAGACCAUGGAACAGCAUGUUCAGGAUGUUAUGGGGCAGUGUAACCAAAUCCAUCAGAAGCGCGAAGAAAUGGCUGAAAAAAUCCAAGAGAUCUCCAGAGAGACGCAGCAGCUGAAGGCCAAGAUCCAGAGCCUGAGAGACGUCUGCAGCAAAGAGACGGAGAAGGCUCAGGCUCUGUACGAUACUCUGUCCAAUUCAAUGGAUGAUUUACACGGAAGAAUCGACACACACAUCGUGGACCUGAAGCAGGAUGUCGUCAGGAUGUCUGCAAACUUUUAAAUAGAUCCUCUUUCAACACCCAUUUAUGUUUAAUUCUACACAGUCAUUUUCAUCAUUUCUAUUCUUGUGUUACUGCGUAUCUGUCAUGUUUUACUGUUCUGACCUUUCUGAUGUACAUAGUAUCCAUGUUUUAACCUUACAUGUCUUAUUUUCAAUAUUUGUAAGAUAACUACAAUUUGUAGUUUGAUCACUCAACCAUACUUUGUUGUACGUUGGAACUGUGUAAUAUGUAAAUGUUUC